AUGAAGCACAUCAUCUGUGGAGUACCUGGACAUAAGGUGGGCCUGCAAAUACCAGAUAUAAUAGAAGCCCGACUAGUGGGUUUGAUGGCAAUAUCUUUGAAGACUGAGAAGACAAAGAGGAAGAAAGCUCACACAACUCUCUCAAGUUCCGAUAGCAACGACAAAGAUCUAGUACUAUCACUCCAUUUGCAGAAAUCUUACACUGGGCGUGAUGAUAGUGAUGACGACCCGGAAACAUUUUCGGAUCUAGAAAACGAUAUCCUUUAUAAUAAAACCUUUGAAGACGAAAACACUCCAGAAAACCGAAUUACAGUUAAAAAAGAUGCCGCUUGGCAGGAACUAGCAGAGAUUGUACAUAUGGAAGUUCAAGAAAUUAAAAAGGAAAUGGAUGGUCUGAGAGGCUCCUUCCACCGAGAGAAAAGCCGAAUGGAAAAGGGAACUGGCUCAGGAAAAGGGAAACUGUCAAGAUGUGACGGCUCUGGAACUUUUCUUCUUAACAAAGAAGUACCAGUACCACAGGAUACCAUGGGCCAGGUGAGAUCGAUGGGUCGUUGGAGAUUCAGCACUAUUCUACUGAUGGUUACGGGCUGCAGUAAAAGUGACCGAAUAGCCCUGUAUGGUGGGCAGUUUAAUAGAUCUCCCGAUCGCACUGCUAUAGACCAGCAAAGCUUUCAAAUACGGUAUCCAGACAUCCAUGAAACCAAGAGCCAUCUUACAGCUGUUAAUACAGUGUUAAUACAGGUAAAGCGAAGCUCAAGAGUAGGAAAAGUUACUUCUGAGAAUGUAAUGGGGUGCUUCCCAAAAGACGUGUGCACUCUGUGCACUGCUGAGACAGAAUGCAAGAAGCAUUACAACUGUCAGCAGUUGACAGUCAAGAACUAUAUCAAUAACAAUACGUCUUUACUUCCACUUUUCACAAUGAGACAGUACAACGCUAUAAAAAAGAAUCACAAUUAUGCCAAGAUAACUCAGGUGGUCAUGAGAUCUAACAUCAUGUCCUCAAUUACACCUCAACCAUCAACUUCUAAACAUGCUGAUGAAUUCGAGUCCUCACCAUCUUCUUCUGAAGAAGCUGGACACAUAAGAACCUGA